UUGGAAGGCCACACUGCUCGGAACGAUUCGAGAAAGCUCUCGCUUCCAUCUUUCUCGCGGAAAUGGAUUCUGGAAGUGAGCGAUCGCUCGAAUUAUUUCGAGCAGUGUUUACCCGACACGUGUCGUACCUGGCGCAACAGUCCUUCGCAAGGCAUUUGACAGCUUCGACAGGGAGAAAAGUGGCAGCAUUCCUACCGACAUGGUGGCCGACAUCCUCAGACUGAUGGGUCAACCGUUCAACAAAAAGAUUCUGGACGAGCUGAUCGAGGAAGUCGACGCCGACAAAUCCGGACGCCUCGAGUUCGAAGAGUUCGUCACGUUGGCCGCGAAGUUCAUCGUCGAGGAGGACGCGGAGGCCCUAGAAAAGGAGCUCCGAGAGGCAUUCAGGCUGUACGACAAGGAA